AUGGUGAGAAGGUACCUAAAGUCAUCUAUGAAAGUGGUGAACUCGGCCGUAGGGCUUGGGGGCAUUGCUAUCGUUGCCUAUGGUGUUUUGAUGAUUCGAGUAUGGCAACCGGAACAUGGCAAGGGUUCGUCUACCGACUAUUUAGCUAUUCCAUGGUUUUUUCAUGCUUUUCUUGGUGUUGGUAUUGCUCUGUGUGCGAUCUCCUGCUUAGGUUAUUUUGCUGCGCAGACAGCAAAUAUGUAUUGCCUCUCUUGUUACAUAAGUAUUGUCCUCUUGCUACUCAUAAUGGAGACCAUCAUCAUGGCAGAUCUAUUCUUGAAUCCAAACUGGAGAAAGGAGCUACCUAGGAAUCUCUGUGAAAGGCUCGAUGAAUUCACUGAUUUUGUCGAGUCAAGCGACGAUAUCUUGAAUUGGGUCGCCUGGUUGAUUUUUCUGGUGCAGGGUGUUUGUGUUCUAUUAGCCACUAUUCUGAGGACCCAAGGAGCAAAUGAGGUUGACAUCUAUGAAAGUGAAGAUGAGGAUGAGCAACCGAGACACCCUCUUUCGGGUCGUUCCACUCUACGGCAACAAGUUGAUCCUAGUAUUGUCUGA